AUGAGUGUUGUUGCAUCGAGUGACGGAGGUUACGAUGCGCUGCUCGGCUCGUUCAUCACAUCGGUGAGGGCCGAUCUGGACAGUCCCAUCACGUCCACAUUUGGCAGUCGAAUCGCUGAAUAUCGUAUUGAAGUAUGUUUUUUUUUCUUUUUCUUUUCCCUCUCUUCAGAUUCCCCGAACUUUUUUUCCAGGAAAUCUAGAAAAUAA